CACCAAGUCGUUGGUCUUUUAUUCUCUAUAAUAUGAAUCCGCUCACCGUCGCUACGAUCGCUCUGGCUACUGUCGCCACUGCUGCGGCUCAAGACUCGCACUCACACUCGCACGCUUCGGAGUGCACGGCCGAGUCCAUUACGUCGGCGAGAAACGCAUGCGACUCCGUUGCGGAUGUCUCGCAACUCAAGUGCGAUAGCGACGCGUGCCACGAGGCUCUCCACUCGCUCGUGGAAGACGAAGUGCGCCAGUGUUACGUCGAUCUAGGACUCGGCCCGAUUACCGAUCUGAAUUACUACGUCCAGCUCGACGAGUUCUGCCACGGGGAUGGUGCCGAUCCGGCCGAUCUAGCGGCGACAGGCUCCACUGCCGGCACCAACUCGACGAGCUCCGGCACCGGCGGCGCAAUUGUGGGCGACCACGAUGACGACCACGAUCACAGCCACGACCACGAUCACGACCACGACCACAGCCACGAUCACGACCACGAUCACAGCAGCCACGACCAUGACGAGUCCGCAUCAGCUUCCUCUUCAAGCUCGUCCGCUUCCACUGUCGCUCAAUCGCUAGUGCUGCAACUUGUGGCGGUUGCCGCUGUGGCGAUGCUCUUCAUCAGGAAAGAUGCCAAGUCGUACGUGGUUAAGCCUCCAGGCGCAUUUUGGUCAAAUUCAAAAGUCAAUUGCAAAGUGCCCAAAGUUUGA